UGGGUGAGGAGACAGUGGGUGAGGAGAGAGACAGUGGGUGAGGAGACAGUGGGUGAGGAGACAGUGGGUGAGGAGAGAGACAGUGGAUGAGGAGUGACAAGCGCGGUGAAUGGUGAGGAGGGAGGACAGCAGGGAAAGGAGACAGGAGUGAGGAGUGGGGUGAGGAGUGGGGUGAGUAGUGCGGGGUGAGGAGUCGCCGCGGCUCGUAGGCCACAUGGCGCCCCGGCCCUGGGGUCGCGGCUCCACAACGCGACCCGCGUGAAGCCGAUUCCAGUGAGCUGCGCUGCUGCAGCAGCAGAAGCAGCGAUGGGCUACACGGACGGCACGGCCACCGUGGUGCUGGGCAACCGCACGCUGCUCUUCAUGUUCCUGUGCGCGUUCGCCUUCGUCACGCUCUGGCAGGAGCUCAGCUUCGGGCCCCGUGCCCUCCGCAGGUAUUUCGUGUCGUACCACGGCCCUCUGCUCUUCAACUCCACCGAGUGUCGGGAGCUCCGCACCGACAUGACCGACGUCCGCCUGGGAAUGUUUCGUGAGUCCGAUGUCUUUGAUCGCUGGCGGCGCCUCCAGGUGUGCGACUGGGCACAUAACCGCUCCGAGUCCGACCUGCUCAGGCUGCAGCUGUCGCGGUGCUGCAAUGCGCCGGGGCUGCUGGUGGCGUCUCAGCGGAAUGUGGCGCUGGGGAGCCGCCUGCGCUAUGAGGGCGAGGAGAAGCGGACGCUGCAGGUCGGCCAGGAGCUGUUCAACAUGCUGCCUCCGGAGAUGCCGUACGGCCGGCAGCAGUUCCGCACGUGCUCUGUGGUGGGGAACGGCGGCAUCCUCACGGGCAGCGGCUGCGGGCACCACAUCGACAGCGCUGACUUCGUGUUCCGGUGCAACCUGCCGCCCCUGCAGGAGGAGUUCACUCAAGACGUGGGCUCCAGAACCGACCUGGUCACGAUCAACCCCAGCAUCAUCAGCGAUAGGUUUGAGCGCCUGGAGAGGAGGCGGCGGCCGUUUGCGGAGGCGCUGGAGGUGUACGGGAACGCGUCGCUCGUGCUGCCCGCGUUCUACGUGGGGCGCAACACCGAGCUCGCGCUGCGCGUGCGCUACACGAUGGAGGACCUGGGCCUGCCGCGGCCCGUGCUCUUCUUCCACCCGGCGUACCUGGCGAGCGUGGGCGCCUUCUGGCGCGCCCGCGGGGUCCACGCGCGCCGCCUCUCCAGCGGCCUCAUGGUGGCGAGCGCGGCGCUGGAGCUGUGCCGCGAGGUGCACGCCUACGGCUUCUGGCCCUUCGGCGUGGGCUCGCGCGGCGACUCGCUGGCGCACCACUACUACGACGACGCCAAGCCGCGGCCCGGCUUCCACGCCAUGCCCGCCGAGACGGUGCACCUCAUGCACCUGCACGCCCGCGGCACGCUGCGUCUGCACACGGAGCCCUGCCCCGCCCGCUGAGACGCACGAGCGCUUGCGUACGCUCGCGCGCUUGCGUACGCUCGCGCUCGCGAAGGCAAACGCAAGGGGGGGGACUCGUGCACCCUGCCACACUUGGCGCUUCGCUGGACUCUUGAUUUACGAUUCUCGCGACGUCGCGGGGAUGCGAGGAGGAGGAGGAGGAGAAGUACUGCUGCUGCCGCUUUACACGACUAUGCAAGCGCUCGGGCGUGCGGGCGCAGUGCCCGUGUCAGCGUCCGGUGUCCCCCCGUCUCCUCCCCCGUGUGUCCCGUGCUGCAUCUCGCCACGUGUCCGGCUUGCCUCCCGUGUCUUGUCACGUGCUUAGGGUUGCCGCCUGUCCACGUUAGACCCGGUACAGUCCGGAGAACUUGCAUCUGUGUUGGGGUGCCAGGAUUUGAUUGGUAUCGAGAUCUGGUUACCGGUUUUUGUGCUGAACUUCAUCACAGAGGACCGCUGCACAGUUUUGAUAACAGAUACUCAUGGAUGAAUCCACCUGGGUUUUUUGUCUGCAGUGGACAGAGGCGGUGACCCUACCAUACAUGCUGCUACGUAUGUUGAACUCCUUUCUGCACCGGUACGUAGCCAACGGUGCUCUUCGGAGGUGCAACGGUCCCAGGCGUUUGCCCCGUCGCUGUAUGUUGCGACGGGGCAAACGCGUGUCCCCGGUGACGCGGCGGUACAGCACGUGCCGCUACCGUGGCGCAACGGUGAGCGGCGCGCUUGGACCUGCAUGCAAUCCAGAGGUUGCCCGGCAUGGCAGUUAAAAAAAAAAACGAAUGGAGCAAGUUUCUGAAAUCCCCCCCGGCGCCCACCCACCCUGUCCAGACAGCAGUGUAAAUGGUUGUUUGGCAGCUGGCGUGUGGAGGGGCAAUGCGUGGGUUACGGCUUCCUCUUCCGACACAGCCUGGGCGACGGGGUAGAGUCGACAAGGUAGCCUCUGGAGUUGCCUCUAGCGGUGGCUCGGAGCAGCUCGUGGGUUAAGAGUUGAGCCCAUGGGACACGUGAGGAUUGGAGUUAGUUGAUGAUUGUGGUUCAUAGUAAUAAUAACCGUGUCAACUUGUCACGCACCCGACCCACAAUAUCUGUUGUCGGAGAGAACCACAGCCUUGCGAGAAGGCAAGCAGCCAGGUGAUGAGCCAAGCUAAUGUUGCCCUCCGCAUGUCAAGGUUUAAUCGGCCAAUUAAUGACUGUUUACAUGUGGGAGGAAACUGGGAGGACCCCAGAGAAAAAACCCACGCGUGCGAGGGGGCAACACUCGAUUCCGUGCAUACGGCUGUGAGGGAAAUUAUUACACGUUUUGUCGUACCGCAUUUCCGGUGACCCAGGGACAUGGCUUCCUCCUCGACUCCCACUGGAGUUUCACAACAUUCGUGCGAUCCGCCGACCCUUGCUGCCUCCACAUUGCUUGUCUUUACAGGCCAUGUGCGUGGCCAGCAGCCUCCGCUGCUGAAUCGUGGUGCCAAUCGUGAUUGACGACUCCCAUCGUGGACGACGAUCGUGGUUGACGAUGAUGAUCGUGGUUCACAACGACGAUCGUGGUUGACAAUCGUGGUUGAUGACGAUCGUGCUUAACGAUGAUCGUGCUUAACGAUGAUCGUGGUUGACGACGACAAUCGUGGUUGACGACGACGAUCGUGGUUGACGACGAUGAUCGUGGUUCACGACGAUGAUCGUGGUUGACGACGACGAUCGUGGUUGACAAUCGUGGUUGACGACGAUCGUGCUUAACGAUGAUCGUGCUUAACGACGAUCGUGGUUGACGGCGACGAUCCUGGUUGACGACGAUGAUAGUGGUUCACGAUGAUGGUGGUUGUGGUUGACGACGAUCGUGGUCGUGGUUGACGACGGCGAUCGUGGUUGACGACGACGAUCGUGGUUGACCAUCGUGGUUGCUGACGAUCGUGCUUAACGAUGAUCGUGCUUAACGAUGAUCGUGGUUGACGGCGACGAUCCUGGUUGACGACGAUGAUAGUGGUUCACGAUGAUGGUGGUUGUGGUUCACGAUGAUGAUGGUUGUGGUUGACGACGAUCGUGGUCGUGGUUGACGACGAUAAUCGUGGUUCACGACAAUCGUGGUUGACGACGAUGAUCGUGGUUGACGAUGAUGAUCGUGGUUCACGAUGAUCGCGGUUGCAUGAGAAGCCGUUCCGCUGUGCCGUGCGGCGUGUCAAAUUUGCACUCGGCGUAGCUGACACUGUACAGCAACUUAUUGUGUUUAUAUAACAGAGAAUAUUCGUUAGGAUGCCGCGCGUGGUUAUUUAUGCUGUAUGUCUAUCGUUCGCUUGUCCCGUCUCGUCCCCGUCUCGUCCCCGUCUCGUCCCCAUCUCGUCCCGCCACGUGUGGAGCUCCGUGGGGAGAGGCGAACGCGUCGCUCCCGUGCGCGUGUCGCACUGUGGGGGGAACACGCGAGUCAUAAACGUGUCACGAAUUAGCGUCA